CACCGCCACCGCCAAAGCACUAGUCAUAGCAACCUACCCCUCCUAUAAACAUAUACAUUCACCCUCUCAUCUCUCAAAUUCACACGACCAUGGCUUAUUCUUCCCCCUCCACCUCUCCCUCUCCACCGCCGCCGCCGCAGCAGCAGCACCCACCUUCCCGAUCACACUCAUGUUCUCCCUCUCUCUCACCUAAACACGUACCCCCUCAUCCGCCGGCGACGGAAUCUAAAAAGUCGCCGCCGGUGCCCUGGAGUGACGAAGAAACCCUAGCAAUAAUCAAAGCGUACCAAGAGAAAUGGUACUCACUCAAAAAAGGACAGCUCAAAGCUUUUCAAUGGGAGGAAGUCUCAGUCACCGUCGCAGCCCGCUGCGGCCUCGACGAACCCUCCAAAACCGCCACCCAGUGCCGCCACAAAAUCGAGAAACUCCGAAAACGGUACCGUUCGGAGCUUCAAAAACCCUACUCUUACUCAUGGCAGUACUUCGACCUCAUGGAUCAAAUGGAGCGCGGCCCCAUCCCCGUCAAUGCACGCCCAAUCUCCGCCGUUAAAUCCUUCCACGGCACUGCUGCUCUUGGCUAUGACAGUUUGUAUUCGAAUUCGGCUGAGUAUUACAAUGGCGGUGGUGAGUCUGGUAACGAGAGCGAGGAGAAAUGGAACAUGGGCUAUAAUAAUAGUAAUGAUAGUGUGGAAUUAGCAACUAGAAAUAAGUCGAAGAGUAUUAAUAACAUUGUGCGUGGCGAAGUGAAGAGUUGGGCUAGAACUGCGAAGAGAAUGCCUAUUGAGAGGGGAUUCAGCAGAAGUAGCAAUAGGGUCACUAAAGUGUCGAGAAAUCCGAUGAAUGGGAAAAGAAAGCAGCGGUGUUAUGAUGGAGAUGAUGAUGUGGAGGAGGAGCAUGUGCCGGUGGAGGAUGAGAGAGAAGAAAGUGGUGGUGGUGGAGCUAUGGAAUUGGCGGCAGAAAUUAGGUGUUUUACGGAGAAAUUUGUGGGAAUGGAGAAUAAAAAGAUUGAAAUGAUGAGUGAAACACAACGGUAUAGGGCAGAUAUUGAGAAGAAGAGGAAGGAGAUGAUUCUUCAUGCUGAGAGGAAGAUUAUUGAUACGAUUGACAGGGUAUUUCGAGCUUCAUAAGAAAAGCAAAGAUGGCUCGAUAAACUUGCAAGUCCAAGUUGAUGAUUGCUUAACUGUUUUUUUGAUCGGUGCCUGUUGAUGUUAAUAACUAGUUGUUAGUGUACAAACAAAAUAUUCGGUUCGUGUAGGUGGUGGUAGUUCAUUAAUACGAAUUCUUUAUGAUUCAAUACAUCUUUGUUUUUAUGUUCA